AAAACUAAAUGGCGGAGUCGCGGUUGAUCAGAGUUGGUCAUCGCGUUCAAGUCAAGGACAAAGGAUUUUUUGGUGUCGUUGCAUACGUUGGAUCGACUCUUUUUGCGAGCGGAAAAUGGAUCGGUGUAGUGCUAGAUGAAGCGGUUGGGAAGAACGACGGCACCGUUCAGGGAAAGAGAUACUUUGAUUGUCAUGACAACUGUGGCAUCUUUGUGAGGCAAUCACAGGUUGUUGUACUGGAUGAGGUUGGUGAGGAAACAGAGUCUCCUGGAAUGUUGACCCCCAAGACGCCAUCUCCUGCUGUGAAGAGACGCUCAAGUGGACAGCCACAGUCAUCAGGAGGACGAAGUGGUCUCAAACCUCCCAGUGCUGGCAUAGCAAAAAAAGAGACUGGGCAAAGUUUAUCUGCAGUUUCUGAGCCUGUUGCAGUCGUACCAGAACCGAAAAUUGUUGUUGAGCCGGUUAUUCAUGUUUCUCAACCCGAUCCUGUCUUCCCAUCGGACCCUGUCGAGCAGUUACCAUCAUCCAAGUCAACAGACUCCGUACAAGUUGCAGCUCAAGUUCAGGAUCUCAAAGAGAAGCUGACGAUCGUGCAAUCUCGAAGACAGGAGGAGAAAGCACGAAACAAGGAACUAGAGAGAUACAAACUUCUGUACGAGCAGAUGUCAGACUACAAGAGCAAAUGGUCAACAUCUCAGUCCGACCUCCACCAGCAGUUGAAGCAAGCAAGGAAGGACGCGAAAGAAGCUCAAGAAGCAAAAGCAGUGAUUGAAGAGGAAUUGGUUGAACUACAGGAGGCUGUAGAAAUGGCAACGUUGGAUAAAGAGAUGGCAGAAGAGAGAUGUGAGAGUCUACAGCAGGAGGUCGAUGUGUGGAAAGAGAAGGUUGAAGAAGUGACGUUGGAUUUGGAGAUUUUGAAAGGAGAGAUCGAGAAGUCGGGGAUGGAGGGCAUGACCGAGUCAGUCCAAGUGAAGCAGUUGGAACAGCAGAAUGCCAGACUGAAGGAUGCUCUAGUGAGGCUGCGUGAUCUGUCCAAUCAGGAGAAAGUGGAGCACCAGACGGUCCAGAAAGCUCUUGAUCAACAAACAGCAACAGUGAAGCAGCUCACCACACAAAACGAGAAGCUAAAGCAAGACAACGAGGAAGCAGAGCAGACAAUUGAUGAGUUAAAAGAUCAGGUGGAUGCAGCUCUAGGUGCAGAAGAGAUGGUAGAGAAAUUGACCGAUCGCAAUCUGGAGCUCGAAGAGGAAGUAAAGGACAAAUCAGAGAGCAUCGUUGAUCUCGAAGCUUUAAGAGAAAUGUAUGAGGAAAUGGAGGAGCAUCACACUGAGAUAGAGCUGGAGCUUCGUGAAGAAGUUGACAUGGCCAAUGUUCGAACGCGAGAGGCUUAUCACAAAGUUGAUGCCGCACACGAAACGAAUGCAGACUACCAACAUACGAUAUCUCAAUUUCGAGAUCUAGUAAGAGACUUGCAAGCCACAAUUAUGAAUCUGCAGAAGAGCAGUGAGACUCGGAGUGAACCACAAGAGAUGGAGAGUCAAUCACAGGCGGUUCUUACUCUUAACAUGCAGCUGAAGUCGACAGAAGCGAAGGCGCACGCGAAGAGCGUUGAGAUGGAGUUGAGGAAAUUGGAUGUGCAGCAGGGAGUGGAUCAUAUCCAUCUUAUCAAGAUGUUUAUUCCAGACUUUUUCUAUCAGGCUGGAGGUGAUUACGAUGGAAUUCAAGCUGUUCUUCUCAUCAGACGUCUUCUCUUCAAGACAGACCUGAUAGCCAAGGAAAUCAGACAAAGGUUUCAGAUGGGAGACUUAGCUCACAGCGAUGAACCUCUGAAGGAUGACGCUGAUCGCCUUUCAUUUGCUGUUUCCCUUGUCCAGUCGAUGGUCACACUACAGCAACAUCUUAACAGAAUAGACAGAGUAUUGCAGCGUUGUGAUGUAGAAGUGUACGAAACAAUAGGGAAUAUGUUGUCCGACUUCACUGCUCACGAGAAGGCAGUCAACGUUGUUGUUGACAUGUUGAGAAAGGAUCAGGUUGAUGACAGCUUUGCUAUGGCUCCUGUUGAGAAGGCAAUUGGAUAUUUCAAAAACGUUGUUGAUAUGCAUCUUGAGGGUCAAUCGUUGUCUUACUCUGACGUCUUUCUCGAUUACAUCUCUGUGGUAUCAACUGGCGUUAACUCAGCCAAAUCUCUCAUACGCCAGCUGAAACCCAUCGCUCCUGCAUCAUCUAGUUUCAGCGUUUUACUCAAAGAGUGGGCAACACAUUUGUCUGACAUGCAGACGUACUGCAAGAGGGUGCGGCGGCGUGUGCCACAGGGAGAUAAGGAGAAAGGACUCCAGUACAGCAAAGAUGUAGUCUCGUCUUUGUCUGGCAUCACAGCCGAUGUUGAAAAACUCGUUCGUGUCAUGUGUGAGAUCCAGACUCAAGCAUCACAGCAGAUGGUUUUGCUUUCAGAACAGGAAGCUCUCACCGGUCCACAACUCAGCGAAAUGGCAAAGCGUGCAGCAGCAAUGGUGUUUGGUCUGCCAGAUGCAGAGAAUCCCGCAGAGAAUGUGAAGGUUUUGUGUGAGGGCAUUAACAGCGUACUCGUUAAACUUGCAACAUCGAUACAAGACGGAGACUUCGACGUCGAAAAGACAAGAGAACAGACUCCUGAGCCUCCAUAUGCAGUGAGGGCGGCUGUCAUGAGAGGAAAACUGUGUGACAUCGAGGGUCUGGGAGCGAAAAUGCAGCAGAAAGACGACGAUAUUAUGGAGUUGAAACGAGCACUGAAGAUGAAGGCAAACGAACUGAGUGAGUACGGAGUGAAGAUAUCCGUUUUGGAACAGAAAUUGGCGCAUUCUUUCAAAGAGUCUGAUCAGCGAGCCGACGAUCUGCUCAAACAACUUGCCGAAGAAAAGGAGCUUGUAACAAAGAAAGAAAAAGAAUUUGAGGUAACGAUGGACACUCUGCAGCAAGACAUUGAUGCUCUCGAAGUUGAGAAAAGAGACUGGAAGAAACGUCACGAGGCGUUGUCGAAGAAGAACAUGAUGGCCGAAAUGACGCGGCACGGUAAGGGAUCGUUCUUGACUGGACAGUUGGCCGGGGGAAGUUCACGGGUGGAAGGAGAUGCGGGGACAACUGCUGGAGCCGUGAUGAGUCAAGUUCAAGUUGUUAUAAAAGAUUCGGCCACCACGAUUGCACAGGUGGAGUCUCUACGUCGUACUCUCAGUGUAGUACGAACCGAGAACGCUCGUCUACGAGGCGAAGACAUGAGACGAAGACUAGCCAGACUUCCUCCCAUUCAAUUGCCACAGAAGCAGCCUCAUCAGCUGAAGACAGAAAGCAGAGAAAUCGCCACCAAACCAACAGAGAAACCAACAGAGAAGACGGAGGAUUUGCAAACGCUGACCAAACGAACUGACGAGCUCUUGAAGCAAGCUCAGCGAUUGGCAGCUACUCCGAAAGUUGUUGAUGUGACUAAUUUCAGUGGCAAAGCCAAAGCUGCUCCUGACCUGCAGUUUCUAAGUGAAAAGAGGCGACUUCAUUCUCUUCUCAAAGAACAUGAAACGCUGUGUUCUCAAGUUCACAGUGCAAUGGCAGCCCAAUAUCCUGCCGGUCUAGUUCACACACCAUUGAAGUCAUUUAUAUCGCCGCAGUACCUUAAGGUUCUGCAGGAGAAGGUUCGCUUGCCUCUAAUUGGCCGAUUGAAGGUUCCUGUGUCUGAUGGUACUGCCAAGUCACAAGCUGUUCUGUUAAAUUCUGAAAGACUGAAAGAGUUACAUAAUCUGUUUGUAUAGCCAAAUACUAAACAGAGACAUUCCUGUGGUUAGUGCUAACACAUAGUACACAAGUAAUGAAAUUUAUAGCACGUCACAACGAGUGCACCAUGCACGUCUAAUGUUUUAAAUUGCUUGCAUUUGUUCUCUCUGUUCGUCUAGUUUGAGAUAUUGACAGUAACAGAAAUGCA